GAUGGCAGUUGUGGGAGGUGUCUGACAGCACGAACGCGUCUCCACAACUUCUCCAGAGCCAAGGAUCAUGACAUGAUGGAUGGAAAUAUAAACCGUCUCCUUUCCGGGCUUCCGGCCGGCGCGGGACUCGCGGUGUCUCUGCGAGGCGCACCUGACGUGUCACGCGGCAUGGCGCGAUUCGACGGCAGUGAGAGGCACGGCAGCAUCUUGUACGGCAUCCUGAGGAACGAGCCCCGCCGCAGUCCGAUCGCCGCCGUCCGGCUGCGUCCCCCCGCGGUGUGCUCGUGUGUCUCCGAGGCGAGAGCGGCGCUGCGGUGCCCGCAGGUGACGUCCACCGCCGCUUCGGCCGUCCUGCUCAAGACCCUCCGGUUCGUGAAGAACGUGCCCUGCUUUCGCGAGCUGCCCCCCGGCGACCAGCUGCUGCUCGUGCGGGGCGGCUGGGCGCAGCUGCUCGUGCUCGGCAUGGCGCAGGACGGGCUCGACUUCGACACGACGGAGACGCCGGCCGAGCGCAGCCUGCUGCAGCGGAUCCUGGUCGGGACGCCGGCGGGGAAAGCUCUCGGCUGGCGGCGCGGAGAGCGGUCCGGGGUCCCGGUGACCGACAUCCGCGCCAUCAAAGGCUUCCUGAGCACGUGCUGGGGGCUCGACAUCAGCACGAAGGAGUACGCGUACCUGAAGGGAGCCGUGCUUUUCAAUCCAGAUCUCGAGGGUCUGCAGUACCAGCGCCACAUCGAGGGCCUGCAGCGCGAGGCGCAUCGCGCGCUCGCCGAGCACAUGCGGAUGGUCCGGCGCGAGGAGGGCGCGCGCUUCGCCAAGCUCCUGGCCGCGCUGUGCGCAUUGAGGUCGGUGAGCGCGAGCGCGGUGGCAGAACUUUUCUUCAGACCCGUCAUCGGAGCCGUGGACAUGGAGCAGCUCCUGGUGCAGAUGCUGCAGCACGGGAAGGAGAAGCGGGACGGCUGAAGCCAGGGGCACCGCAGACAGCGAAGGGACUGCGUUACUCCUAUAUUAUUCUUAUUCUCGUUCUUAUUGUUAUUAUUAAAAUUUUUUUACACCGA